AUGUUGCCUGCAUGUCGGCGUGUAGCAGGCCCACGUGCUCGACAAACUCUCGCUCUAUCUAGGUAUGCCAGUACGAGCACCAAGGAAAAGUUUCGAGUGCUUGUUAUCGGAGCAGGUUCCGGUGGGUUGACUGUUGCCAACCAGAUAUAUAACCGCUUCAAGGCUGCUGGAAAGCCUUUGAAUGCAGGGGAUAUAGUGGUCCUUGACGCAGCAGACUAUCACUACUAUCAACCUGGCUGGACUUUGGUGGGUGCUGGUCUUGGCCGCAAAACAGAUUUCAGACGACCGCUCGCGUCCCUAUUCCCGCCACAUAUCAUGCACAUUGCAGAGAAUGUCAAGUCAUUCUACCCGGAAUCCUCGUCAGUUACGACAACCUCAGGUCGGACAAUUUCAUAUGAUUCGCUUGUAGUGGCAGCAGGUUUGAAGAUAAACUGGGACGGCAUCGCUGGCUUGCCCCAGGCUCUCGCUGAUCCUUCCUCUGGUGUUUCAUCAAUAUACUCCUACAAUACCUGCGACAAAGUCCGGCACGACGUAGAUGCUCUCAGGUCCGGAAAUGCUAUUUUUACCCAACCUGCAGGUGUCAUUAAAUGUCCAGGAGCUCCGCAGAAAAUCAUGUGGAUGGCCUGGGACAGAUACCAGAAAUCUGGGCGUGGAAAUAACAUCAAAAUCGACUUCAUGACUGGCAUGCCAACCAUGUUUAGCGUCAAGAAGUAUUCGGAUGCCCUAAACGCCCUGCGCAUCGAGCGGGGUAUCGGAGCAGAGUUCCAACAUAACUUAAUUUCCAUCGAUGCGGCGAACAGGAAAGCAACUUUCAAGAAGGCUGACGGUUCGACUGUGGAUCGUGAUUUCACCCUCCUGCAUGUCACACCGCCAAUGGGACCGCUAGACUUCAUCAAAGGAUCGCCCAUCGCUGAUCCAGCGGGCUGGGUAGAAGUCGAUCAGGCAACUCUCAGACAUGUCAAGCCCGAGUUCGGAAACAUAUUUGCCUUGGGGGACUGCUCCUCCCUGCCUACUAGCAAAACGAUUGCCGCCAUUACAUCCCAAGCGCCUGUCUUAACGGAAAACUUAUUUUCGGUCAUGGACACUGGCAAAGUGAGCAGUGCCAAGUACGAUGGCUAUACCAGUUGCCCGCUUUUGACGGGAUAUGGGGAAUUGAUGCUAGUCGAAUUCAAGUAUGAAUUUGUGCCUAAAGAGAGUUUUGCCAAUUACCUGGGCGAUCAGACAAAGCGGAGAAGAUUAUUCUAUCACUUCAAAAAGGACCUUUUUCCUUGGGCAUACUGGAAUCGUAUGGUUGACGGAAAAUGGUUCGGCCCCUCGGGACCAUUCCGUCCCAAGUUUGUGUGA